CUCUCUGCUCCUUCUUCUUCUCUCACUCUCUUUUCUUUUUUUUUCAUUGAUACAUAGACACAUCCAAAUCCCUCUAUAUAACCUUUUACUUCUCUCAUCCCCCAAAAUUUCUCAUCAGUCCACCAAACACAGAAGAAACUAGAAAGAGACUAAGAGUCUUUCAUUUUUGAUUUGGUAAAAAGGGUCAACAACAACAAUAUUAAUGGAUCAGUCUUGUACAAACUCAGUAAAUGGAUUCUACUCGUUUCUAAACAGAUCAAUGGAAGAUCUCGAAAGGGUUUACCUCUCCGACAACUUCAUGUCCCUGCAGUUCCUUCAGAGAGUGAUCUGUCUCCUAAGAACCUCUCACUCUCAUCUCACGCUUCUUGUCCAGAAACUCAACCUCCCUGUCGGUGACAAGUGGCUCGACGACUACAUGGACGAAACUUCCAAGCUUUGGGACGUUUGCCACGUCAUCAAAUCCGCUCUCUCCUCCCUCGAAAGCUUUUGCUCCUCCGCUAUCUCCAUCGCCUCCACUCUCGACGGCCACUACCACCACCGUCGCCUCCUCUCCCCUCAGAUUUCCCGGCAGGUGAUACGAGCGAUAUCUGGAUGUAGGAGAGAAGCGGUGGGGAUAGAAGAAGAAAACAGAGCAUUACUGGAGAAUCGGAUUCAAAGGUUUCCUUUUUGGUCGAAGCAAACGACGGCGAUGGAGUCAUCCAAGAUACAGAACGGUUUCAGCGGUUUCCGAGGAGUGAUGAACACGAUGACGAACAUGAACUCGCUGCUCCUCGUGAUCUUGAUGCAGGGUCUUGUUUAUUACAUCCCCGGAGACACGGGGACGGCAGCGACGGGCACGAUGAUGGCGAGGUUAAAGCAGAGAGUGGCGGCGGAAAUGGAGAGGAUCGGGACGAGGAAAGGGAUGAUGAUGUACGAGUACAGGAGGAGCAAGACGGCGAUGGAUGAACUCAAGGCAGAGCUGGAACGGCGGUGUUGCGGCGGAGGAGGAGGAGAGGAGGAGGCGGCGGAGAAGAGGUUGAGAGAGAGAGUAGAGAGUAUGAAAGGAGAUAUUGGGAGUUUGAGGAAUGGAACAGAGAGUGUCGUUGCUCAGAUUGAUGACUUGUUUGAUGAUAUUGUUGAUGGUAGGAAAAUGCUUUUGGAUUAUUGUAGCCACCGCUGAAACAACAAACUCUCACAUAAAAAGCAGUUUUACUUAGCCUU